GACGCGCUUGUUAUUUUUCGUGAGAGGCUCAUUUAGCUGUAACGCGUUAACAGCUAAUCUAAAAUAUAUAUAUUUAGUGCUUCGGCAAAAUGUCUUUCCACGACGAUGAAUCACCGGAUCUCGGACUAGCUGGUCAAUCAAAGUUGGAGAGCUUCCUGUUCAGCUGCGAGCUGUCCUCCAAAGUCCCUUUCUACACUUUCCAAGGAGACGAAGAAGAGGACCUGGAGCACUUCCUUGAACUCAGAACAAUUUGUCUGGGAGAAGGCGCCAAGGAGGAGAGCAAUGUGGUGGAGGUAACAGCCAUGAACCACCAAGGAAAGACGAUUUCAGUUCCCAUCGCCAACCUUCACAUCAGCUGUCUGCCCAUGGUGAGUCUGGGGGAGUUUGAGCUGAAAGCCCCAGUGACCAUCCGGCUCAAGGCUGGUUCAGGGCCAGUUACUAUCAGCGGGCUACACCUCAUUGCCUCAGAGGUUGAAGACUCCGAUCUGUCUGAUGAGGAUGAUGAAGACGAUGAUGACGAGGAUGAGGAGGAAGAGAUCAGCCCCAUUAAACCAGCAAAGAAGAAGCAGAAGCAGUAGGCGGAGAGGUCGCUGAUGGGUUUUUGGAAUGGCCUCACCCACUCGAUGACGCGUUGUAAGAAAUACCACAGAUUUUUGUACCAGACGGACACAUUUUACAGAGUUACUACUUCUUCCACACAGCCAUGUGAAUGCUUAGUGUGGUGGCAGCUAAACAUGCUGUGGGAGGAAGGAACAUCACGAGGGGCUCCGAUGUUCUUGCCUCUCCUCUCGGUCUGAGCAGUGUAUUUAACUGCGCUUAAGACAUUCACUUAUAGAAGAACUGUUUUUGCUAUUAAAUGCUACCAAGUGUUUUAUACUGUAUAUGAUACAGUCACCACUGCUGAUGUGGAUUUUUUGCAUCAGUGGUGGAAAAUGUGUCUUUUACCACCAGUGGAUUCUGGUAUUGUUUAAAGAUGCUGUUCUUGUAAAAGUAAAAAUGUGUGUGUGCGUGUGUGUACUUGUCAGACCGGAGAGGGUUUCCAGAUUAUGAUUUCAGCUGGAUGGCGCAAUCAGAUGAUUUGCAUACGUACAUACGUACAGAUUAUUAAAUGUUUCACAAGAGUGUCUCCA